CCAUGAUGCUUGUGCGGUCGUAUUGUUAUUGUUGUUGGUUGCUCUCUGUUGAUGUUUUGAGGCGAUUGUUGAAGAUUGAGUGUUUUUGCAGUGAGGACAUUUUCUUUCUUUCCUUCCUGCUGUGGAUGAAGACGGUAUAAAACCUUUGGUCUUUUUAAAGCUCAGAGCUUUGUUUCACUCUCGCCGACAUGUCGGAAAGCUCCAGUGACACCGAGUCGUCAUGCGGCUGGACUGUCAUCAGCCACGAGGGCUCAGACAUCGAGACUCUGGGACCCGACGUCGUGGUGGAUUACGACCCAGAAGAUUCGGUCGGAGCGUCUGCCCCAGAACAGCCAGCUUCUUCACGAGAGGAGGAGGAUGCGGAGGACGCGGAACAAUCGUCUUUGGACGUCACGAUUAAAGAGGACGGAGCGGCGCAGGAAGCCGAGCCUGGACGUCAGGCAAGAAAGGAGGUGGGGUUGGAGGACCAUGUGAAUCUCUACUCCUCCAGCGAUCACUCUGACAUCGUCACUCUUGGUGACUGCAGGGAGGCGGAGCUUGGGGUGUGGGAGGAGCCUGUCGUUAGGGAAGACCAGGACACGGGGAACGAGGAGCUGUACAUGGGGACAUCAUCAAGCAGCCAGUACACGUUUAGUGCUGUGGAGACCAUUUUCCCAGCAGACCACAGCGCAUGCAGAGGCUCCAGCAGCACCAGCAGUGAGGGCGAGGACGACGAGACGAAGGUCGGCACGGGGCCGGCGACGGUUCGGAAGCGCAGGCUGAGGAGGAACACGACAGGCUCGGACCCAGAGGAGCAGAAGGAGAAAGAGGAGGAUGGAGAUGAUGGUCAUGAGGAGGUGGAGGAGGUGGAGGAGCAGAGAGAAGCUCGCAUCCAACAACAGCAGCAGAAAAGCAGAACCCUGAUUAAGUGCAUCCGGCUUGCCCUCGUCAUCGCCAUCAUCCUGGGCCUCGGAAAUUACUAUGGUGAGGUGCACAUCCGGAGGAGGCAGCAUAAAGCCCCGGAAUUUAUCUGCGGUGGUGAUCUGGGGGACGAUGUAGAGGAGACGCAAGAUAUAUUUAUGGACACUGUGGUCAAGGUUACCAAAGAGAAUCGGCAUCUCCUAGCCAGGGAAGCAGAACUACAGGCUCAGAGGCAAGAUUUACUCACACAACUUCAGCAGGCCAAGAGUGAGAUGGAUUCUCAUCAGAAGCACCUUGCCUCAGAGAACCGGGCACUGAAGAACACUCUGGAACGAGAGGAAGCAUCUCUCUUGGCCCUGCAGGACAAGCUCCGACAGCUCCAGGCUCAGAUCCACGAGCUCGAGGAGAAAGGAGCCGGCGCUGACUUAAUCCUCUCUGAGAACCAGCGCCUGAAGGACCAGCUCCUGGAGGAGAAGCAGAAGAUCCAGAGCUACCUCAGCCAAAAGGAGACACUGAUGGCAGAGGCUCAGCUGCUUCGGAAAGAGCUUGAUGAUGAGAGGAAAGUGACCGUUAAGCUGAGGGAGGAGCUGGAAGAGCUGAGAAAUGCCGGGAUGCAAGGGGAAGAUGAGAUCGAUCCCGAGACUGAGGGACUCCAGGCUCGACUACGGGAACUGGAGAAGAAGCUGAGCUUUGAGCAGCAGCGGUCUGAUCUGUGGGAGCGACUGUACGUGGAGUCCAAGGAUGACCGAGCCAAAGGGGACACUCAAGCAAAGACCAGGAAGUCCAAAGAAGGCAUGAUCGGGAAGGUCAAGGAGACGUUUGAUGCAGUGAAGAACUCAACCAAGGAGUUCGUUCAUCACCACAAAGAGCAGCUCAAGAAAGCCCAGGAAGCCGUCAAGGAGAACCUCAGGAAGUUUUCGGACUCCGUCAAAUCAACAUUUAGGCAUUUGAAGGACUCCACGUCAAACGUCUUUGAGAAAAUCCGAAGGCCACAGGACCGAAGGUUCAACGAGAAGAAGGACCCCAAAUCAGAGGAACAAGCAUUUCAGCAGGACAGUUUCAAAGGACAGCAGGACAAAAGUUCAGAAGAAGAACACUGGCAACACAACCGGCCCCUGCACCAACAUUCCCGUAAAUCCACACAGGACUCCUCCUUCCACGCAGACUGCAACACACGCAAACCAGGUGCCCCGAAGCAGCAAAGAACUAUGGGAUGUAAAUCUGUGCCUGCGGGAUGCACCGGCGUGUUUGACUGUGCCUACCGAGAAUCCAUGAGCCUCUUCAACAAGGCCAUGGAGCCCAUAAGAGCAGACGAGUUCCAACAGCUCCUCCGCAGCUACCUGCAGCAGGAAGUGGUUCAUUUCCAUCACUGGAGGGAGCUGGACAACUUCGUCAGCCGUUUCUUCCUGAACGGAUUCUUUAUUCACGAUCAGAUGCUGUUCACGGACUUUGUGAGCGGAGUAGAAGACUACCUAGUGGAAAUGAACGAGUACCAGGAUGAGAACGAGGACGUUUUCGAGGAUCUGGACGAUUACGUAUACAAGCACUUCUUCGGCGUGACUAACUCAGGACAGAACGGUCAUAAUGGCCCGAGGUCUGAGACACAGUAGCUCCUGCAUGUUGACAAUCCCUUCCUUGCCUUGAGCGGCCUGCAACACUUUAGGGUAAAAACACAUAAAAAAAAUGUUAAGAAAAGAAAAAAUGUGUGCUUUUUUUUGGAAAUUUGCAGUCAACCCUUUGAAGGCCCGGAGCCCGAGUGCCAACAAAAACAUCAGCAUCAGCAGCGAAAGCACCAGCAUUCGCGUUCGCUGCCUUCCCGAGACAGGAAGUGGGCCCGGUCAGGGCGCAGCUCUGACAGACACUUCGCAGAGGUCAAAAUAGAGCUCGGGCCCAUGCCGUUCGACCCGAAAUACUAGCAAACAUUUUCCAUUGUUAGUUGUUUCUACUCUAGCUUUUAGAUUUUAAAAAUAAAAACAGCUGUUUUUGCAAAAAUGUUUGGAAUCUCGUGCAUUCAGGUCACGUGACAACAACGUGACCCGAACGCCUGACGAACCCAUCUCUGCCUCCUCUCCAAAAAAUGUUGUGAUUUUGCACAAAGCUAAGCGCUCUAAACGUUGCUCUACGCCUGUCCGUCUGCACGUCUACGCUAAUCUCAGCGGAGUCGGUAAGCAAACACAGACGUGACUUAGCGAACACUUCUUUAGUUCCAUUCGCAAGCGAAGCUUUUAGCAUACAAUGAAACCAAACCUUUUGAGAAUGCACUUAAAUUCAAAUUUAAGCACUGUGUGUUAAGAUAAAUUAUUUGUAAUAAAUAGACUAAUUUAACAAUUUGCGUAACUUGUAACGAAUCCUGCGUAGGACCAAAUCGUCGUGUGAUCUACUGAGCUUUCAGCCGCGAAGAACUGUGGAUCCAGUGUGUAGCUUGGUGUUCAUUAAUUACUCUAGUAACUGCUGCUAAAUGUUAGCGCGUGAUCGUGACGACGCCGAGCACAAUGUUUAUCUCCAUACCGGGUGUGUCGUGUUUCUCCUUUUGUUUUCAGGUCAUGCUGGAUAGGUUACAUUCCGUUUGCAACUCUUUAUUUUUUAAUUGUUCAAAGACUAUUUAAAUUUUGUUUGCUGUUUUGCAUAACUCGAAAAAAAAAAGUUUUACCACAGAAAAGUCAUUUCGCUUGAAGUUUUCCGUCUUCCUUCUGGAAUGUACCACAAUAAUCUGAAGCAAAAAUAAUAAAAUAUGCUUAAAACGAGAA